AUGGUACCAUAUGAAUUCCGACCAAAUCAAGUUUUCGAUCCGAAAAAACAUAUGUUAGAUGUAGUGGCCAAGCAAUAUCUUGAACAGGCUACUAGUGAUGUACAUCAUCUUGUUCCAGUCGAUGUCAUUGCCGAUGGAAAUUGUUUAUAUCAUUCCAUUGUUCUUCUAAUGAAUAACCCAGCAGUGACAUGGAGUGAAUUACGAGUUCGAACAGUUAUAGAACUUAUGACGAAUGAGACUUAUUAUUCAAAUACGUACUCACAUUGCGUCGGACCUUUUGAUGUUGCAAUUCGAGCGAUGUGCAGAAAGUCCACAUUUUCGGAAUUGUAUGAAAUUGCUGCGUUGUGCAAUUUACUUAAAUGUAACAUACGAAGUAUUUAUCCAAAAAUUGAUCUUCGAGAUCAUACGGCCAUCGUGAACAACACAUUUAUGCCUCUUCCACCUACUGUUGCUAAUUGCGAAAUUACAAUAUUGUGGUCACAUACCUUGAACGAAAACGAGGUAAGAAUUAAAAAUAAUUCAACAUGGAGCCCAAAUCAUUUUGUUCCACUUAUGUCACGAUUGGUUCAACAUGAGCGUGGUAAUAAUAAUCAAUUAGCGUCAGUUCUUGUGACUCCUGAAAAGAAAACAUUUAAGAACAAUGCUGCUAUCCAGAUACGAAUUCCUGAGUUUCAAUCAUCUCCAAGCAGACGUUUACGAAGUGAAAUUAACAUAGACACUGAUUCUUCUCAAUCUAUCAUGUCUGAUACAAUGUUGCACGAUCACAAUGACAAAGAAGAACAACGUCAAAUUCGUCUUGAAAAGAAAAGAGAACGAGUUCGAUCAAGUCGAUUGAACGCAACCCAAGAAGAGCGCCAAAAUCGACUGGAUGCAGACAAGCACCGUACUCAAUCGCGUCGAAAGAAUGAACCAGAGGAACACCGUCUUAAUCGACUCGAACAGCAAAGAAAACGAAGUCAAGCAAACAGAGAAAAAAAGAAAAAUGAAAAACGCAUGUCUGAUAAUAUUAGUAUUCAACAACAAACUACUCAGAUGCAAUCUGCUGGAGCGGAAGAAGUCCCAUUACAAGAUGGUAUUAAUAUAUCUCAUUCUACAUCAAAUUCAAAUAUCUUACUGAAAAUUAGAAAUUCGACUUCUUCUUGGCCUGAACCAAUUUCUCGUGAUUUGAAAGAAGGAUGUCUCAAAAAGUUUCUCCAUCGAAUGUCCAUGUCAGCACUAGCCGAAACUACGUGUGCAGUUUGCAACAUUCGAAGUCCCAUGCAAAAGUCGAAAUCAGUACCUGUCUCAAAAAUUACUAGCAAUGAAUUACUCAAAGUUUCAGACGAAACUAAAGCUCUGAUCAUGGGUUCCCAGUUAACGAAUUUACAGUACAUAAAUGAAGGCACCGUAACUACUGUUAAUACUGGUGGUAUACAAACGACUGAUCAUGCUCAAAAUUCCAAGUCACCAUCUUUUUAUUGUGAAAACAAUAUUAUUUUAUAUACUAGUGGCUUAUUUCAACAGAAUAAGAAGAAUAUGUGCACACUCUGUCAAAAAUGCCAUGAUGCUUUAACGAAAAAACACAUUCCUAAAUUUUCUGUUGCCAAUGGCAUGUGGUUUGGCGACAUUCCUGCUGAAUUACAAGGCUUAACAAUUCCAGAAGAAAAGCUAAUAUCACUUUAUCGUCACAAUAGCUGUAUAAUAAAACUUCAAUCACCUUUCCAUUCAGCUACAACUUCACAAACAGCUUUAAAAGGCAACUGUAUUACUUUUCUGCAAAAUGUACCGGACAUUGUCAACAGUCUACCACUUAAACUCAAUGAUCUAUGUGAUACGAUAAAAGUCAUUUUUAUUGGCUCUCUUCCUCCUCAACGUAUUCAUCUUAGAAAAAUUUUAACAGUGCGAAAGAAAAAAAUUAUUCAGGCUUUGCAAUGGUUGAAGAAAUAUAAUAUUCUCUAUCAGAAUAUUGAGAUAAAUCUUGAGAAUAUUGCUCAACUACCUGAAGACGACAUACCAGAAUCUAUUAUGUCAACAAUGGAGCAAAAGAUAAGUGAUGAAGAAAUUCAAUCUGAAAGAGUUGGCUAUGUUCCUGAUCCACUAUCUAAUUUAACUGAUUACACAACCUCAGAUACUAUUCCCAUACAGAACAGUAGUGUUCUCGACGUCAAUGGCUCUUUGAUAUCUUCAGAUGAAAUUGCAAAUUAUGUUUUGCAAAAAAUGAAAAAUAACAAAACACACAAACAAAUGAACAGUGAAAGAGUUCAUUUAAUCCCUCAUUCUUCAAAACCUGUUAAUGAGUAUUAUAAUCCAAAAUUAUUAGUGGGUUUGUAUCCUACUCUGUUCUGUUAUGGACGUGGUGCACCUGACGAUCAAUCACGUCCUGUUAAAGCGAAUUUACGAGAACAUAUACGCUACCUAUUAUCCUACAAUGAUCGACGUUUUGAAAUGAAUCACAGCUUUAUAUUUGUGGUCUUCAAUAUAUUGCAACGACGUAAUGCUUGUUUUCAUGCUCAAUUGAUCACAACGAAACCUUACUUUCGAGAAUCAGCCCAGGAUAUCCAGACUUUAAACAGUAAAGACAUCGAAACCGCUCUCGAGAAUAUUUCCAAAAAAACAUAUAACUCAGAAUCAAACAGUGCAUUAAACAAAUUAUUAAAUCAUAUCAAAACUAUCGGUGGUCGAGUUAUGGGCUCCGCAUAUUCACGCACGGCCUUACGAACUCGCAUUCAUUCGUUAAUAUAUAAUCAAUGUCUACCUAACAUCUUUAUGACGUUAAAUCCAGCCGAUAUUCAUAGUCCCAUCGCACUAUAUUUUGCGGGUGUCAAGCUUGAUUUGGACAACAUUCAAAUGGAACAAUUGCUCAAUACUUACAAAAGAGCUGAAAUAAUAGCAUCUCAUCCUGUAGCUACCGCCAAAUUUUUUCAUUUAUUAAUCACCAAUAUUUUAGAGACUAUAAUUGUUGACGGUGUUCUUGGGCCAAUAAAGGCUUAUUUCGGUACUGUUGAAAGUCAAGGACGAGGUUCUCUUCAUCUACAUCUUCUUAUUUGGCUUGAUCAUGACAUGAAACCGGCUGAUAUGAAAGAGCAAGUUCAAAAUUCUACUUUUCGUGAGAAGUUGAAAGCGUAUCUAGAAGAUAUUAUCAAAGAAGAUCUAGAUGAAUUCAAAGAUAAAUAUGUCUUCGAGAAUUCAGAUGCAUCUAGGUCAUUCAAUACUCCAACACAAUUAUCAAGAGAUAAUAUUUAUACAGCUUUACGUACUAUUGAUUUGGCAGGUUUAGAAGAAAAUACAAAUGAACAUGGUAUUCAAUCGACACCGACGAAAGAACGAUCUUCUCCAUCAAUUCCUUAUGCUUCUCCACCAAAUCUUUAUGGUUCUCCACCAAAUCUUCAUGGUUCUCCAUCAAUUCCUUAUGCUUCUCCACCAAAUUUUUAUGGUUCUCCACCAAAUCUUCAUAGCUCUCCAUCAAUUCCUUAUGCUUCUCCACCAAAUUUUUAUGGUUCUCCACCAAAUCUUCAUGGUUCUCCAUCAAUUCCUUAUGCUUCUCCACCAAAUUUUUAUGGUUCCCCACCAAAUCUUCAUGGUUCUCCAUCAACAUCUAAUGGUUCUUCAUCACGACAUACAUCUUUACAAACACCUACACAUGGUCGAUCGAAAUCCGUCGAUAAUGUUUUACAUAAUCAAUCAAACGUAAUUCCAGCUUGCUUACCUACUCCAAAUCCAUCGUCACCAAAUUUUGCAUCACGAUUUCGAGCAGAUGUAGUACGACUCGUCGAAGCAAGCAACAUUCAUAACCAUACUGACACAUGCUACAAGUACUGCAAUAUUAAUAAAGGUCUAAAGAAAAUUUGUCGAAUGCGUAUGCCACGCAAAUUAGUAGCAGUUUCGACAAUUGAUCCAGAGACUGGUCAUAUUUCUAUGCGACGAUCGCAUCCAAUGAUAAAUAAUUUUAAUGAAUACAUUAUAUCGGCAUGUCGUUCCAAUAUGGAUAUUAAAUUUAUUUGGACUGGUAGUGAUGCCAAAGCUCUUGUAUAUUAUAUCACCGAUUAUGUCACAAAAAUGAGUCUAUCUUUUCAUGAUACAUUUGCUCUUGUACAAAAAGGCAUUACAUCGAUGAAUAAUUCAUUUCAUCAGUCAGAAAACGAAAGUCCAAUCGAGAAAUCACGUAAGCUCGUCCUACGUUGUUACAAUACACUUGCUUCUCAACAAGAGCUAUCCGGAGCUCAAGUUGCUUCUUAUCUUAUGAACUGGGAGGAUCAUUAUACAACGCACAAAUUUCAAGGCCUCUAUCUAAUUCAAACUGAACUGUUUUUACAAAGUGAAUUGAACGAAAUACGUACUAAACAGAAGUCGACAUUUGCAGUGCAUGAUGUCAUCGACGAUUAUAUAUGUGACGAUGAAGCUAUUGACGAUCAAAAUAAUGAUGAAGAACAGUUCCAGAUUCAGGCAUCCGAAAAUGACGAAAAACAUGUGCUUGUUAAUACACGAAUUGAUUAUCAAUAUCGGUCAGAAAUUCUGAACAACAUAUGUCUAUAUGAUUUUGUCAGUAUCUUAUACAAGAAGAAGAUGAAUGCAGCAGAUUUGAAAUAUUUAUCGGACAUUGUAGUACCUAAAAAACAAAACGAUAAUCGAAAAGGUCGACCUCCUAAUGAACGUUAUGCUUUUCAGAAACAGCAUCCACAGGCGACAACAUAUGUAAUGAUGAAAUAUACUCAAUCUCGUGUACCUAUUCUUUAUGGUCCUCAAAUUCCUCGAGAAGAUCGUGAUGACACACGAGAACGGUACUGUCGAGCUCUUCUAACACUUUUUGUGCCCUGGCGUUCCGUAGCUGAUCUUUGUGCCAUCGAGCAGACAUGGGAAGAUGCAUUUAAAUCUCAACAGCAUCUUAUAUCUACAUAUUCGAUGACAAUCAUAGAAAAUAUUCAACUUUUACACGAAUGCAAAAAGGAUCGUGAUGAACAUUUACUUCAAGUUAUUGCCGAAGCUCAAACUGAUGAUGAUGUGAUUGAUCCUGUAUUUUUACCAGCAAAUCAAGAUAUUUAUGGUGACGAUGGAGUCGACGACAGUGAAGAUUUACUUGAGUUACUCGGUAGUUUAGAUGAAUAUACUACGACUGCGAUGAACUCCAUCAAAAAGUCAACAGAAAGCAAAUACAUUGAAGAAACUAUUCAAGUGGUUGAAAACGUUGGACGAUUUUCUGAUAUACAAUCACAUACUCGUCAUCUUUUUAAUGAAGCUGUUGGUGGUAUGGAUCAACGAAUUGUGCCGUUCGUUUCAGCUACACCUAAUCUCGUUCGACUCAAUACAAAAUGGCAAGAACAACUAAAGACUGAGAAAGAAAGAGUUAGACGAAGUUUAAUUACGGGCAAAUACGACAAAACGGACGAUACAUUAGAUUAUGAUAGUAUACAGGAUGCACUUGUAACUAUGGUCAAUUCAAAUAAUUAUAACAUAAAUACACUUGAUAAUUACACUCAAAUUCUUCCAGUUGCGUCAGUCACUACCACAAGCUAUUCUACUCAGCAAAGUAUUAUUGAAGAAUAUACAUUGAAUAAAGAACAACAAGCUGCAUUUCUGAUAAUAACCAAUCAUCUUGAUGGUGACAAAGAACGUCAUAAAGGUACCAACAAUGGUCAGCUGAUAAUGUGCAUACCUGGAUGUGGUGGCACAGGUAAAUCACAACUGAUUCGUGCUGUCACCAAAUACUUUCUUAUUACAAAAAGAAUGCAGAUGAUGCGAAAACUCGCACCCACCGGAAUCGCUGCUGCUGAAAUUGGCGGCAUGACAAUUCAUUCAUUUUUAGGUGAACAACGUAAUUCAGGAAAGCCACGCACCAUCAAACCAGGUGAUACAAAACUUGAAAACCAAUGGAGACUGGUUGAAUAUCUCCUGAUUGAUGAGAUGAGUAUGGUUGGUUUAACUCUACUUGGAAAACUCAAUCGAAUUAUGUCCGCUGCCAAACAUGCCGAUCCUCAAAUUCCAUUUGGUGGCAUAAACGUCAUAUUUUUUGGUGAUUAUUUACAGUACCGACCAGUAUAUGAUGCACCGUUGUACACUGACUUUUCACAGCCCUCUAAAAACAAAUCAGGGCAAUCACGUAGUGAAAAAGAAAUUCAACAACGCGCUGCACGUUCCCUGAUACUUCAAAUUAACUGUGUGAUCAAACUUAGUCAACAGAUGCGAACAGAAGAUGAACGAUACCGUGAAUUACUCGAACGGCUUCGUCAAGGUGAGUGUAAUUUGCAAGAUUAUGAAUUAUUAUUAACACGCGUCGUUGGUCAGCCAUCAGUCAGUUCUCUUCGCGAAUCACCAUGGAACGAAGCUCCCAUUUUAGCAUAUCGAAAUGAAGUACGAACACAAUUAAACAAUAAAGCAGCAGUUCAUAAUGCAGCACAACUAGGUCUUCAGCCAAUGGUAUGUGUCGCUCAUGAUACCUGCAAAGGAAAACCAAUUGAAGAUCCUAUACUUAUGAAAAAAUUACUGGAAUUAUCUGACAACAAGACGGAACACUUACCCGGUUUGUUGCCAUUUGUUCCUGGGAUGCCAGUUAUUUUAACGCAAAAUCUUGCUAUUGAACUGGGUCUUAUUAACGGCAUAAAUGGAAUAUUUCGACAAUUAGUCUACGAGGCUGAUUCUGUAUCGAUAGAUGCUCUAUCUAACACAUUUCCGAACAACACACAGUACGUGCAUCGACCUUUAUAUGCAUUAAUUGAAAUUGCUAGAUCGAAAAUUGAAUGUAAUCUUGAAACACUUCAACCAAAAAUCGUUCCAAUACCGUUAAUGGAACAAACGUUUCGUUUUGACGUUACUGACAUUCUUCCAAAAAAUAAAAAGCCAAAAUCGAACCAGAAAGCAAUUUUGUCAAUUAAACGACGUGCACUACCACUUGUACCUGCUUAUUGUAUUACAACACAUAAGAGUCAAGGUCAAACUUUGAGUAAAGCCGUGAUUGACCUUAAACUGCCGAAUGAAACUGAAGAUAUUGCCGCUGUUUAUGUACCGCUAUCACGUUUACAACGUUUGAUUGAUGUAGCUAUUUUACGGCCUUUCGAUUACAACGUUCUACGAAUCAAACCAAGUAAAUCGCAAGUUGCUGAAAUUGAAAGACUUGAUAAAUUGUAUAUUGAUACUAAAUUUCGAUUUUCUGAGUAUUUUCAAUAA